AUGAUGCAUAAAAUCUUAAAUAGAUAUGUUUAUUCAGAAGACGAUGAAAUAGGCAGAGGAGCGUAUGGUGUAGUCUUCAAAGGCCUUGAUUGCGUUACUAAAUAAUGCGUAGCGAUAAAAUGUAUACUGAAUUUUAAAUUCUAGUACUGAAUGGGGAUGACAUGCAGGAUUAAGAAUCCAUUAGCAAAUUCCAAAAUGAAAUGAGCAUAAUUAAAGAAUUCCAAAGUCCGAAUAUCAUAAAAUUCAUCGAUUGUUACUCUGACAUCAAACAAAAUGUAUAUUUAAAAAAUACGUUAGAUUGCUGUCUUUGACUAUUGUGAUGGUGGAGAUUUGUUGAAAUUUCUCGAAAUAAAUCACAACUCCGUGGAUGAAGAAACAGCACUUAGAAUAUUGAUCUAAAUAGUCAAUGCAUUUAGAGAAAUCAUCGCCAAAGGGUACAUACACCGUGAUGUUAAGCCAGCCAAUAUUUUAAUAAAAAAUGGAAUUUUUAUGAUGGCUGACUUUGGAUUUGCUUUAAAAGCUACUACUUACGAAUAUUUCUAAUUACCCGUAGGAACUCCUUUGUACAUGGCUCCUCAAUUGCUUGAUAAUGUUCCUUACACGUCCAAAUGUGAUAUAUGGUCCAUUGGAAUUAUAGCUUAUUAGCUAGUCUAUGGAAAACAACCUUGGCCUUACGGAGAUUAUAAGUCCUACCUAAAGAACAUUAGAUGCUAUCCACUUCGAUUCCCUGUCGAAAAAACUGUUUCUGAUUAAUACAAAAGUACAUAUAUAACAUAAACGAUAGAUUUCAUAAGACAAUGUCUCAAAAUUGAAGAAAGGUAGAGAUUAAAUUGGGCAGAACUUUUUGAGCAUCCAUACUUUGACUCUAGAGCUUUGAAAUACAAUAUCAAAGUAAUCAUUAAAUUAUAUGAAUUAGAACAUUUAAGAUGAAAACGGAUUUAACAAUUAUAUAUUAGAGCAUUUACAAUUUAUGAUAAAAAUUAGAAAAUUAAAUUUUGAAGAGUAGUUUAAAUUAUUUGAUGUCAACUUAGAAGGGACUGUGAGUUAGAAUUAAUUUUAUAUAUUUAUUCAAAGAGUAGAUCCCUCUUUGACUGAUCAAGAGUUGUUUAGCAUUUAUAGUUAAUUGAAUGUUGAAAACAAGCAAAAAUUAAGUGAAAAAUAGUUUAAAGUACUUUUCAGUAGCAAUGAUACAAAUUUGUUUAAAGACAUAUAUAAGAAAUUUAUUUAAGAAUUUUAAGAUUUGAUAUCAAUAAAUAAAUUGAAAAUAGAUAAUAUAUUCAAUUUUUAUGAUACAAAAAAAAUAGGAAGAUUAGGGUUUGAAGAAUUCUCUAAAUUAAUUUAGAGGGUGAAACCAACAUUGUUAAAAUAUGAAAUAGCAUUUGUAAACAUAAUAUUUAUAUAAUGAUAGAUAUUUGCAAAAUUUGAUCUUAAUAAUGUUAACUCUAUAAGUUUAGAGGAUUUUAAGAGUAUAGUAAGACCUGAGCAAAAGAUUGUAGAUAAAAUAACUUUAAAAAAAAUACAAUAAGAUAUUAAGUAAUAUAUGGGAAAGAAUAAUCUAACAAAUGAAUGCAUAUUUAAAAAAUAUAACAAAAGUAGAUCCAACAAGUUGAAUCUCUUAGAGUUUAGAAUAUUUUGUAAGGAGUUUAACAACUAACUUUCAACUAAUGAAAUAAAAUAACUAUUUAAGCAAGCGGAUAAAAACAACGAUAAAGUGUUAAGCUAUGAAGAAUUCAAUAAUUUUUUCAAUUGA